GUCUGCUUAUUCUGUUAGAUUUAUUGUCGCUGACUGGAUUAGGGAUUUGCAAAAGUACAUAAUUGUAAACCAGCCUGUCUAAACUGACUAAUAACUAGUUGACUAAUGAUUUCUAAAGAUGUAGUCCACCCAAAAAAAGAUUAAAUAAUUUACUAUAAUAAUUUACUCACCCGCAUGUUGUUAUAAACCUGUAUGACUUUGCUAAACAUAAAAGAAGAUAUUCUGAAGAUCACUCCAAACAUCUUUGGAGCCAUUGACUUCUGGACCAAAAACAGACAUUUUUCAGAAUAUCUUAUUGCACAAAGGAAAAUUUGUUGUAAAGCUUUGGAACGACUUGAAGGUAUGCCGGCCUCCAGAUACGUUGAUGUGGAGAGUUGGAGCACUAAGCAGGUCGCCGGCUGGCUCAGAGAUCAGGGUUUUCGUGAAUAUGUGGAUCUCUUGUGCUCCAAACACCGUCUGGACGGUGCCAGCCUGCUUUGUCUUACUGAGACUGACCUACGGUGUCCUCCACUGGAACUUAAGGUGCUGGGUGAUAUCAAGAGAUUGAUGUUGGCUGUUCGGAGGCUACAGAGACAGCACUCAGCCCUCACGCACUCAGGGUCAGAGGUCAGUGCGUUGUCUCUCAUACACACUGGAGGAACAGACCGUGUCGUCUCUAAUGGCGUCGCAGAGCGAGGGUCAAUAGACCACCAACGCUGUAAUGGGUCGGUCACUACAGUUGGUGGGGAACACAAUUAUUCGAACGGCAAACGUAAACAUUAUUGUGGUCGGUUGGACCCGGAGUACUGGAAGACCGCACUCAGCACACUGUACGCCAUGCUGGUCUGUGGAGUGACAUCAUUUGUCAUGGUGCUAGUGCAUGAGAGAGUUCCUGACAUGAGGACGUACCCACCACUUCCAGACAUAUUUCUAGACAGUGUUCCCAGAAUUCCCUGGGCCUUCGCCAUGGCUGAAGCAUGUGCAGUGGUGUUGGGUUCCAUAUUAAUGCUGGUGUUGUUGAUGCACAAACACAGGUCCAUUCUGUUUCGGAGGCUGUGUAAUUUGACAGGCACUGUGUUUUUGCUCCGCUGUGUCACAAUGUUUGUUACUUCACUGUCUGUACCUGGUCAUCAUCUGCAGUGCUCAGGCAAGAUAUAUGGUGAUGUGUGGACAAAAGUGCAGCGUGCGUUGGAAAUCUGGAGCGGUUUUGGCAUGUCUUUAACUGGUGUUCAUACAUGUGGUGAUUACAUGUUUAGUGGGCACACUGUCGUUCUCACCAUGCUCAAUUUUUUUGUCACUGAAUACACGCCACGUAACUGGAACUUCAUCCACACCAUGUCUUGGGUGCUAAACCUGUUUGGAAUAUUCUUCAUCUUGGCAGCUCAUGAACAUUACUCCAUCGACGUCUUCAUUGCAUUCUACAUCACCACCAGACUGUUCCUGUAUUACCACACGCUAGCAAACACACAAGCCUAUCAGCACAGCCGCCGAGCACGUGUAUGGUUCCCUCUGUUCUCUUUUUUUGAGUGCAACGUGACUGGACCUGUUCCAAACGAGUAUGGUUGGCCGUUCUCCAAACCCGCCUUCAUGAGGAUGCUUCUAGGAUAGGCCAUUUCUGUUUAUGUGUAGUUUAGACUUUGGCUUCACAGUCUUUGUGUUUGGAGUCCUGGGGAAAUUAUUUAUUUUUUUUAUUUAUUGCUUUUGUUCACUUUCUUGAAACUUCUAUUUGUACUGCUUUGUUUUUGUUUUCUUUUACUAACUAACACUUCUUAUAAUUUCACCAUGUCUGCCUGUACCAGCCUAUAAAGUGCAUGCAUUUUCUCUGGAUACCUUAUUAUGAAGAAUCACAGUUUCAAUUUACUGGUGAAACCAUUUUGAGAGGUUACAACUGCAGAUUUAUGUUACACUUACCAUUAAGCACAUAGUAUUUAAACUCUUGGAGACAUGCAGUAUAUUAAACAGGAUAUAAAUAAUGAUACAUAAUGCUUCCUAUUCUAGGUCUUGACACAUCAUAAUGGUGCAUAUUGAAAGUCUUACUGCCACAGUGGUGUAAUUCUUAAGUUUUACUAACACAUUUUUGACACUUUGUUUUUAAUAUGUGACCAUUGUAUAGAUGUAAUUUUUUUUACAUGAUUCCAGGAAUAUGUAAGUAUUAUGAUAUGUUUUGCCAAUAUCAGCAACAUGUUCAGCACUUUUAUAUGGACUUUAAAGGGAGAUACAGCAUUUUCAUUUAAAAGUAUGAUUUGCGUAUUUGUAUGUUUGUAUAUGAGGCAAUUGUGAAUGUAAAACUUUUCCUUUUUUGCUGUUUUAUUUAAAUGGACCUUGAUGCUAAAAAAAG